AUGGCGCGCCGUCCCGCUCGUUGCUACCGCUACUGCAAGAACAAGCCGUUCCCCAAGUCUCGCUUCAACCGUGGUGUUCCCGACCCCAAGAUUCGCAUCUUCGAUCUCGGUCGCAAGCGUGCCAACGUCGAUGACUUCCCUCUCUGCAUCCACCUCGUCUCGAACGAGUACGAGCAGCUGAGCUCCGAAGCCCUCGAGGCCGCCCGUAUCUGCGCCAACAAGUACCUCGUCAAGCACUCCGGCAAGGAAGGUUUCCAUCUCCGCGUCCGCGCCCACCCGUUCCACGUCGUCCGUAUCAACAAGAUGUUGUCCUGCGCCGGUGCCGAUAGACUGCAGACCGGUAUGCGUGGUGCCUGGGGUAAGCCCAACGGCACCGUCGCCCGUGUCAACAUUGGCCAAAUCAUCAUGAGCGUCCGCACCCGUGAUUCCAACCGUCACCUCGCCCUCGAGGCUCUCCGACGAUCGCAGUACAAGUUCCCCGGUCGCCAAAAGAUCAUCAUCUCCAAGAACUGGGGAUUCACCCCUCUUCGCCGCGACGACUACCUCGAGCGCAAGGCUGCCGGCCGCGUCAAGGUCGACGGCGCUUACGUUCAGUUCCUCAGCAACCACGGCCGUCUGGCGGACAACAUGCGCCGCUUCCCCGACGCCUUCCAGUCGGAGGCUUGA